UGAGCUGCCACAAAUUUGGGAUAUCAUAUCGCUCUGACCAUAUUGCACUGGCAACCGGGAGUACCUUUAUCAUCGUUCUCCAUCAUCAAAGAAAAAGGUGAACAUGGCAGCUUGGGACGUUGUGACAAGUGACUUUGGCUCUGACGAAACAGCCAUCUUCGGCCCAAGACAAGAGACAGGUUCUGCUCUCUAUCAAGUGGAGACUCUUGCAACAAUAUCCUCAAAAGAUGCGGACGAGAGUGUGGUGCCCAAGGUAGUGACAUCAGUGCUGGGGGAUCUUGCCUGUGUUGCUGUGGAGCAGCAUCUUGCUGUGUUCAGGGAUCUCCAACAUACAGCCUCUCUGGGAUUUGAGUCCCCCAUAGAUGCUGUGGCAUGGAGUCCAGAUGGAAGUCUGCUGAUGGUUGGAGAUAGUCAGGGCAUGCUGCUCAUGUAUGAGACAGAAACCAUGGAAGCCAUCUUCUCCUUUAUGGUCGUGCCAGAAGCUGACCAAAGGAAUGGAAACGCCUUCAAGAAGAUUAUUUUUCAAAUUAGGGAUGAUGGACUCUAUGACUUGUACAGCUUAUCGGUCGGAGGACGCCUGUAUGUCAUCAGAAACUUGGAUCUGUCACUGCUUGCUGACGGUGUAGAUGACCGCGUCGCCAAGUUGAUGAAGAUACUGCAGUUUGUAAAUGUCCAGACCACAAACUACCACACACGAGGGACACACGAUAUCAUCACAACACCCAGCACUGUAUACACUCUCGGUUCCGGGGACAAUGUGAUUGCUGUGUGGGAGUGGUCGGGAGAUGGUCAGCUGGUCAUCCAGGACAUGGUUGGAGACAUGCUGGAGGAAGAUGCUGGUAUGGUGACAGGGAAGGUAUCAACUAACAAAAGAUAUCUCAUCCUUCAAGAUUCAAAUGACAUGGUGACAUUGUGGUGUGUCAAGAACCUGGUCUUACUGAAGCAGCUGCCAGAGGUGAAGGUCUUCCAGCUGCUGAUGUUGGACUCAUCAGAGGACCACACAAACAGCCUGAUGAGUAUGAAGCUAGUUGUGAUGUCCGCAACUGACGAUGGCUGCAGUGCUUUGUCUAUCCGUGAGAUGCCAUCCUUCAAACCAGUGUACUCACUUCAACUGUCAGCAGAUUCAACCCUCUCCCAGUGUAUCCCCACACAGGAGGUGCUGUACGUGGCAGAGGUCUGUCCCUCAGAGAAGCCAGGCCUGUCUGCCACUGUGAGGUUCCGAUGUUUGACAGAGACAAAUCCACAGACAAGGCUGUACAGGAUUCUGCACAAGCAGCGGUUUGAUGAGGCCGAGAAGUUUGCUAGGAUGUUUAACCUGGACACUGAGCUUGUCUACAAAGUGAAACUGAGCUACAUUCUUGACCAGUUGUCUCCCUGGAAUGUCCACAAGUGUGAUUCGGACAUGGUAGCUGACCUUCUCACUCAACUCUGGGACUGUUUAAACAACAUUAAGGAUGAUACUGACAUAGCAGAAAAGUGUAUGAGAGCGGCAUUACCAUCAUUUGACGAGACUUGGAAACUCCUCAUCUUCUGUAAGACCAGGCUGAGGAAAUCACCCAACCCAGAUGAAACACUGAUGACAAAGCUACUGAGCACUGAGGGACGUCUGAUGACUUACAGAUACGUUUAUGGAUCAAAUAAAUACAGAGCUGAUACCUGGGAACACUUCUCUAGGAUGGACACACUGAAGGAAUGUCUGAGAUCAAUGAGAGACGGCAAUACACACAUGGCAUUUACACUGUGGACCAGACACCAGAAUGACUGGGGUGAUAAACUGACUCCAUCUGUAAUUGACCACUUCUUGUCUGAGAUCCCUGACCAGAUGACCGCCUCAGACAUCCAGGGCUGGCUGCUGACGUCCCUCAUACCCCACAUUGGCACAAAGCUGCCCCAUGCAUUGUUCAACGUUGUAAGCUGGGUUAUUCAAAAGGCCCUAAACAUGGAACUCCUGGAAAAGAGAGAUGACAAGAUUGAACUACUGCAUGGCCAGAGAAAUGCCCUGGGCUUCCUUCAGGAGACACACAGGAGUGUGAGUGAGGCUCUGAAACUGACAACCACUUCAGGACAUAAUCCAUCUGAAAAUGUCAGAAAGAGUAGGAACAAGAGUGAGAAGACCCUGCAGCCUCUGCAGGAGAUGAUGACGUCCUUGAAGCAUCUCUGUAAUCUCCACAACAAGUACAAGUGUAACCUUCGACUUACAGAGUUUCUCAAGGAGAUAUCAAGGUAUCGACAGAGGAGUGUUGCGUUCCGUGUNAUGCUGGACAAGGUGGUAGCCCUGGAGCUGAUUGUGCCGACCCUGGAGAGGCAGAUCCGACCCUACAUGAGGGAACACAGGCUCAAUGAGGAUCAGGUGUUCUCCAAGUAUAUAAAGGAUUUGCUGGAGCGGACAAGCAACAUCACCUCCUACACAGGGGAGUCUGCGUGGGAGACCAAGGCCAUUGCUGUCAUCGAUUUCAUCAAAGGUCUAAGGGAGAAAGGGGAGGCAAUCCUGGAGGUGAUGAAGCGUGCAUCGCCGCCGUUGAGCAACAAUGUGGAACAGCUGAUACAGAGAGGCCUACAGUUAGAUCAUCCCAUUGUGAAGAGGGUUAAAGAGGAAUGUCACUUGUUGGAAGUGAAGAAAUUAAUGAAGAAAUAUGGCAUGAAAAACAUCUGUCAGCCAACUAGAAGUAAAAUACAGCAAACGAUGUACCACAUCCUGGCGCGUGACAUGACGACGUGUAUAACGGAUGCAGUCCAGCUUAUCACCACAUAUGGCAUGAAGCUGGAAACAGAGCUGUACUUCUUCCGGCUUCAGUGGCUGGUGUCUCACAACAGGCUUGAAGAGUAUUUUGACCUCCUGAAGUCCUUGACCCCUGAACUCUCUCUUCACUGUGGGAGGCAAAUCAUCAUUCUGACACAGGUCAAGCUCGACACAGUCAUAAAUGACACACAGGAUAUCCUGCAAUCCAAGAGAUUGUUCACUGAAGCUGCUGUUGGAACUGCUCGUAUACUACUUCAAGAUAUACAGGACCAUGUUAACUGUGAGAUCUACGAGGAAAUGAGGAAGGACUACAGUGAAAUGACAGCUCUUUUGGCUCUGCAGUGUGAGUACAACAAACACUUGCUGCUGUCCCAGUACCGGUGUCGGACGUCCAGGGAGGCUGUCCUCGUCUCCUACCUCACAGACUUCUUCACAUCUCAAGCAACAACAAAGGGUGAUAUCAACUAUGCAAAAGUUUACAGACUGGCCAGUUUGCUGGAUAUUUCACUGGUCCAUCUCCAUGGUCAGCUUGCAAUCAAGGCUUCCGGUACAGGUGACAUGGAGACGGCAGUCAAACACUGCAGUAAACUGCUGGAAAGUGACCCGUCCUGCUCCACAGCUGAGACCCUGUACAAGGUGGCGCUGUCCUUCCUGCAGCUAUGCCAGAAGAAGGAGGAUGAUACAUUGGAGGGCAGCAGCAAGCUGCGGGAUCUGUCCUACACUGCUGUCGAACUGGCCAGUCUCGCUCUCACCAUGUGCAGUCCAGAACGUAUGAGUGCGUGUCUGGACCUGUAUCGAGCCCUGUCCCUGUGUCUGGAUGUCAGCAGACAGUGUGAAGUCGGAGACUAUUCUCAGUCAGUACAGAGCCCCAACAACAGCAUGUCGGUGGAACAACAGGUAAUGGCCAGUGAGAUGCAUGCAGAAUGGAACCUGACCCCCAUGUUCAAGGAGGAGUCGUUAGUGAUGACCUCCAGUAAGGUGCUGCCGCUCACUGUCAACUACCUGCUGGCUGUCCCAUCCCUCGCUACAGGUAAACACCAGGGUGGUUGGUUUAAGGAGUCGUUAGUCAUGACCUCCAGUAAGGUGCUGCCGCUCACUGUCAACUACCUGCUGGCUGUCCCAUCCCUCGCUACAGGUAAACACCAGGGUGGCUGGUUUAAGGAGUCGUUAGUGAUGACCUCCAGUAAGGUGCUGCCGCUCACUGUCAACUACCUGCUGGCUGUCCCGUCCCUCGCUACAGGUAAACACCAUGGUGGUUGGUUUAAGGAGUCGUUAGUCAUGACUUCCAGUAAGGUGCUGCCGCUCACUGUCAACUACCUGCUGGCAGUCCCGUCCCUCACUACAGGUAAACACCACGGUGGUUGGUUUAAGGAGUCGUUAGUCAUGACCUCCAGUAAGGUGCUGCCGCUCACCGUCAACUACCUGCUGGCUGUCCCGUCCCUCGCUACAGGGAACAGGGAUGCUGUAGUGACGAAGUUGUCGCCGACAGUGGUGCAGAGCAUGUCGGAGCCCCUCCUUCCUCUCCUGCUCCACUUGAGGGAAAACUCCCAUCUGGAACUGGCUCACCGAUUUGCCAGCCACACCAUGUCCUCCCUCACCCAACAUGUCACACAGUUCGACAUGGGAUUCGAACACAAACAGACAACAGCUGAGCUGACUCAAGUUGAUAGUCACUUGACCACAGCGAAAGAAAAAGUUGGCCCUCUGAUGCAGGAACUUGCGUUUGGUAUUCUCACAAAGAUCUUCAAUGCUCGCAAGGUGGACCAGAACCUUGGUCUGUCCUACAUCAUCAGUCAGCCUCACAAAGUGAUGAUGGAGACACUCAAGAAGUUAGUGUCCAGCUCCGGUCACAACUACAAGAAACUCAUGGCUCUGGCAUCAGUGGGACGAGCAAUGGGUUGUCUGCUACAGGAUGUCAAGGUGACAGACAUGGCCGAAACCAUGUUGACCAGAGCCACAUGGGGUCAUCGCCUCAGUAAGAUCAAGAUUGAUUUUAAACCUGCAUUCCAAGGAACUACAAAGGAGAGAUUAAAAAUUCUGAAAGCCAUUGCCUUGAAUGAUGCUGCUGAUGUCAGCAUUAUCACAGAUUACUGCAAAGAUUUUGACCUGGAUGUUAAAGAGGGUCUGAUGACCUACAUCCAGCACGUGUUGUCACUGGAGAUGCCGCUAUGGGAAGGGGCAUGCAAUCUAGCCCAGCGCCGAUCUCGCACUGCCAAAGCCAGAGUAGCCAUCAGAGUGCUGCCAGAAUCUGACAAAUUGGAGAUGGAGCUGAAUAAAUUAUUGAAACAAUGUAACCCCUAUGACUAUGAGACCAUCAAGUUCUUGUUGGAGGAGUUACAGCAAUAUGACAGUCAACAAGCCAUUAAGGGUCUGAAACUGCUUGAGUAUAUCAGUGUGUACAACAGGAAAUAUCCACCUUCAGAAUAUGAGCAGCAGUACCAUGGAGAAGGGGAGAGAGAGGAGUUGUCUGGUGUUCUGGACACACUCCCAGCCGCCAGCAAAAAAUGUGUCCCCUUCCACCCACUCAUGUUUGGUGAUCCCUGGAAGAUUAUCACACCUGAGCUUGAAGAUGAUUCUGUUUCAAUGUGGCUUCCAAUAGCAAAAGUGUUAAAGCUAUCAGAGGACCAGAUCCCGCUGAUGGCUAUACAGAACAUGGUUCGACGUCACGUUAAGUCUCUACAACAACAGACCGCAGGAAACAUGGACAAAAACAACUGUGACUGGAGCUUCGACCAAAACAGUGUUGUUUUCUUGGAUACAGUGAGGGACUUGCUCAUGAGUGUGUCCAACUGUGAGAUGGGGCUAGCCUGUGCAACCUGGCUCUUCAAGGAGCUGCCCAUGGGUGGGGAGAAAGUGAUUGCUCUCAAAGGCUGUGUGACGUUUGCUGAGAAGUGGUACAAGGCCUGUGAUGAAAAAACACAAAAGGGACAGAGGGAUAAAGCCCAGGCAGCCUACUUGAAGUUUGUGACAGUUUUCAAGCGUCUGUCCACGGAGCGUGUUCUGUUCAUGAAUGACCUGGCAGAGCCUGACAUACUACAGCUGUGUAGCAAGCCAGGAGACCUGAUUGUCAAACUGUAUGAACAUCCCAGCAUCACAGCGUCCUGGGACUGCGAGGUCAAGAAGCCAGAUAUCAAUGCUGUUGUAAAGGAGAUCAGUAAAGAAAAUGACCUUGAACUUGAAAGCAUCUGCUUUGGUCUAAUCAAGAAAUGGCUGCCAUCUGUAGAGGCUAAGCAAGAAGCUGAAGAUACGAUGACCUUCAACUUUGACAGUCUGAAAUUUGCAGGAGAAGAACCAAGACAUGACGACGAUGACAGCCUCAGGAGAGUGAUGUACAUCAUGAAAGGCAUCAACAAAGAGGACUGUGGCGUCGCAAUAUUCAACUUCAUCAACAAGGACAGCGAGACCACCAACCAGUGUCAAGUCCGAGGGCUCCAGUGUCUUCUACAGGUGUUCAACAGCGAGGACUUAAAUCAGAUAUGUGACAAAUCAGCUGAGGAACUCAGUGAGAUGAUGCAUGUGCUGCUGUACCUGGUUGAGCUUGAAAAGCUGCACAUCCAGCACUCGGUGGAAACGUUCGAGGAAUGCAACAAGGAGGGUCUGAUCAUGGGGGUGUGGAGGAACCAUAACCAUCAGAAGACGGGUGUGCUGCUGGUGGCGGCGCUGUGCCAGGACUACAAGGUGUACGACACACAGCUGUGGAACAACAUCCUCACACAGAUGCUGGGGCAGGGCAUGAGAUGUGAGCUAGAGCAGGUGCUUCUUCACUUGUGUGGUGUAGCAGAGGUCUGGUCUGUGCCAAUCUUUGUCAAAGUGUGGCAAUCUGUGCUCUCCACACCACUCACUAACAUGUGUUCCCCCCUCAGUGACGGCCAGACGAAGGACGCCCUAUACUACUUCAACCUUCUGUCAAGAUGUCCAGUUGUGACCAGCCUUGACCUUGUGUCGUUGAGUAGCCAGUUCCAGAACCUUGACCUUCCAGUGUGUGCAGCUGGCUGUCUGCUGAUGUCACCUACGUCACCCCGACAGAAGGUCAAGGACAUCCUAGAUGGACCUCACCAUCUGGAGGACAUUGUACAUCUGGGACAACUUGGGCUCAAUGGCUACUCAGUAAAACAGAUAAAGGAGUUUGUGUAUGAGGAGAUUGAGCUAGAGAAUGAGUAUGCCAGUAUCAGUAAGCACCAGCUGUCCGGUUUCAUAGACUACAUCAUCACACAGAGGAACAUAGAUGGCAUGCUGGUCUUUGCUGUGGAGAACAACAGGCUGAAAGAGGCAGGUCAGUUGGUGCAGAUGUACCUAGCAGAGGACAGUGAGGUGGAGGACAGGGUUGAGGACUACAUGAGGUCACACAAAGAGGACAACCUUCUGCAGGCUUACUUGAAAGUGAUGAACAUAGAGACAGGCUGAGGGACUCUGCUGCUUUCAACAUUGGAUGAUCCGUUAAUAUUGUGUAACAUAGAAAGACAUGCAUGUAAAUAAACUCAUAAAUCAUGCAGUAUAAAUUUCAUAUACAACUACACAUGUAAAUAAUAUAGCAGUACAUGCAUAUGACUUGAACCUUGUUUGUUGUAUCACAGUAUGAUAACAGUUAAUACUGGCCCUAGUGUAUAUUUUGUUGAGUCAGUGCUAUAUAUGUGAAUAAAAAUGUACAAAAACUUAACAUUGUUAACCUUUGUUUGUUGUAUCACAGUAUGAUAACAGUUAAUACUGGCCCUAGUGUAUAUUUUGUAAUGAGUCAGUGCUAUAUAUGUGAAUAAAAAUGUACAAACACUU